UACCAUGCUGUCAAUGUCAAAAGACCGAGACAUGCUGUUGUUGUUCAAUUUUAAACAAGUUAUUUUAACUUAAACUACGAUUAUUUACAUGUUUUGGUGAUAUAAAAUCUAUUUAGAAUUAAAGGCAAUAUGUCUGAGAUAUCAAGCAGUCGAGUUUUUACCGGCUGUCGAGUGCUAGGUUAUGUUAGCACACAUGUGCCUUGUGUUGUGAGAUUCGUCAAAAGAAGAGGCGAAACUCUGCUUUGUACGAGUGUUGGGAAGUGGUUUCAUACGUAUGGCUGUGAUAAGUUCCGUCUGCUCAGUGUAAGCGGCGAGCACCCCGGCCCUAUAACUUGUAUGAGCGGAGAUAACUACCAUGUUUACACUGCCAGUGAGAACGAUAUCUUCGCUUGGCGGAGAGGCUGCGAGCUCAAGCACGUAUACAAAGGCCAUAAUGCGCCCGUGCACAUCAUCCUACCAUUUGGAUCCCACAUAAUCUCAGUUGACAGAGAAAAUGUCCUAAAAAUAUUCGACAUCAAAGACGAAUCGCAGUUUUUAGAGUUGACGUUUGAUAUCAACCAGUUCAAAAUCACCACGAUGUGCCACCCGCCAACGUAUCUCAAUAAAAUCUUGCUUGGAAGUAAGCAGGGCCUGUUACAGCUGUGGAAUAUUCGCACUUCUCAACUGGUGUAUACUUUUAAAGGAUGGAAGUCCGCUGUGACUGUUAUACAGCCUGCUCCUGCAGUUGAUGUUGUGGCGAUAGCAUUAGCGAAGGGACAAAUCAUUUUGCACAAUUUGCGUUAUGAUCAAACUGUUGUGGAAUUUACACAUACCUGGGGAAAAGUCACUAGUUUAUCGUUUAGGCUUGAUGGGGCCCCAGUUAUGGUGACAGGUAGUUCUAAGGGUCACAUAGUGAUGUGGGACUUGGAGGAGAAGCGAGUGCUGUCCCAAAUACAGUCUGCGCAUUCUGCAAGGAUAUCAGGCUUGCAGUGUUUGAUGUCUGAACCCCUGAUGGUGACCAACUCUCAAGACAAUUCAUUGAAGAUGUGGAUAUUUGAUAUGCCUGAUGGAGGAGCUAGGCUAUUAAAAAGAAGGGAAGGUCAUUCUUUACCACCAACAUUAGUAAGGCAUUGUGAACCAACCGGGCAGAAUCUGCUGGUAGCAGGAAGAGACAGGACCCUACACAUUAUGAACACAGUCACUGAGACAUUCAACAAGAGUAUGGGCAAAGCUACACAUGGCAAAAAAGCAACAAAGAAGAAAAAAACAACCAAGGUAGAAAAGCAGUUACUCCUGCCACCUAUUUCAAAACUGUCUUCUUGCAUGCAGAGAGACAAACAAUGGGACAGUAUAGCAACUCUUCAUGAAGGGUGGUAUUUGGCCACAACUUGGUCUUACAACAAGAUCCGAAUGGGGGAGCAUAAGUUGUAUCCUCGGGACUUUACUAAAGGAGUUGAGGCCACUUGUCUUACUGUAUCCCACUGUGGAAAUUUCGUUAUUAUUGGCUAUGCCAAUGGACAAGUGCACAAGUAUAACAUGCAGUCUGGUUUGUACCGCGGCUUUUAUGGCAAGGAAGAUAAAAACGCUCACAAAGGAGCAAUCAGAGGAGUAGAGACAGACUUAUGCAAUGCCAGAGUUAUUACUGCAGGAGCUGAUGACAAGCUGAAGUUUUGGAGGUUUAAAACAGAAACCACUCCAUACCAUGUACUAAGGCUAGAAGAAUCAGUGAGCAUGACCAAAUGCCACAGGGACAGUGGCCUUCUGGCCUUAGCCAAUGAAGAUUUCUCAAUCACCAUUGUUGAUAUCGACACAAUGACUGUGGUGAGGAAGUUUGAAGGACAUGCUGGGAAGAUUAAUGACAUCGACUUUGACUCUCAGAGCAGAUGGUUGAUCAGCACUGCUAUGGAUUGCACUGUUUGUACGUGGGAUAUUCCUAGCGCUCAACUAGUGGACAUUUUCAACGUGGAAAAGCCUUGCACAUCCUUGAGCAUGUCUCCAACUGGGGAUUACCUCGCAACCACUCACGUCGGAGAGCUUGGAGUCUUCCUGUGGGCCAACAGAUUGCUGUACGAAAGAGUGUUCUUGAAACCCAUCGAUACAAGUACUAUGCAAGUCCCUAAAUUGAAAUUACCCAACACCGCUCCAGAAAAGCCCGACAUAGAAGACAUAGGAAUCAUAGACAUCGGUGAAGAACCCGAAUACAAAUCUCCCGACCAAAUUAGCUCUGAAUUAAUCACCUUAUCCGACCAGCCUACAUCGAGGUGGCUAAACCUUCUCCAUUUGGACAUCGUCAAAAGAAGAAACAAACCAAAAACACCCUUAACCGUCCCGAAAUCAGCGCCAUUCUUCCUCCCCACGAUACCGAGUUUAGAAUUAGAAUUCGAUUUAGACAAAGAUAGCGAAGGAAAAGAGACCAAACUGCUAAUACCCGAUUCUUUAUCUACUCUGUCGGUGUUCGCGAAGAAAUUAGUGAGUUGCGACGAUAACGACAGCUACAGCGAAUGCAUAGACAAACUAAAAUCUAUGGCUCCCUCGUCUAUAGAGGCCGAAGUUGCCAGUAUGUCGCCAGACGUCGGCGGGUCGGUUGACGUAAUGAAACAUUAUCUCCAAAUGCUGAACGUUAUGUUGAGGAGCAACAAAGACUUUGAAUUGGCACAGUCCUAUUUAAGUUUGUUUUUGAAGUCGCACACGAAAGUUGUCGCCGAGAACCAAGAACUCAGAAACGUGCUCGAGUCGACUGAGGAAACCGCAACGCAAGCGUGGCAGAAAUUACAAAACCACCUGAUGUACAAUAUUUGUGUCGUGAAAGCAUUAAGAGAUAUGUAAUAAAGUUAUUUAAGUUAUA